CUGCUGGCGAUACUGUUGGUGGAGACGCAUCCACUGGAGCGACGAGAGGGCCCCUCUCACUCACUCUCUCCCUCCCCCUCCCUGCUUUCUGCUUCAAGCGGACAAUUCUUUUCUUCGACGAGGGCAGUCGAGCUUCGCGUCUGGCGGCCAGACUGAGUAACAAUAACCAGGCUUUGUCCCGACUCUGCAGCAGCGCAGCAGGGCACCGGGCGUGGAGGAAGGCAGCAAAGUAGCCCGGCUCUCCCGCCCCCUACUCCACUCCCACCCCCCUGCCCGAACCGCAGGUCAGCGAUGGUUAAAGGCAGCGGUGCCACCAGCGUGGCGUUAGGGGAAAGCCCCGAGAGCAGCGAUGCACUCAGCCUAGAUGCAAGCAUGAGCAGCGGCGAGGGCUUGUGCGAGGACCCUGUGUCCAGCAUGGUGCUGGACAGCAUCAAGCGCCGGCUCCUCAGCGCUUUCCGGGACAGCGGGGCCGUGCCGUGCUGCGCCCAGCCUUGCGGCCCGGGCAUGAGCGCUGGGGCGGACGAGGAGCUUCGCAGAGUCCAGGUCGACGGGGCCAUCACCUGGGUGCGAACUGAACUGCUGGAGAUGCGAUGCCAGGAUCGGCAACUGGCCCAAACCUUGCUGGAGUUGAACAGCGAAAUCCAAAAACUGAGGCGAGAGCAGGAGCUGUGCGGGUAUGCGGACUGUGACACACCGCCAGCUCCCCGGAAUCGCAGCGGCUCAGAGCGGGAAGAAACAGUCGCCAGAAGGGCAGGAAGAAAAUGCACUUAAUGUGAGGGUUCAAAAUCCAAAUCAAGCCAAACCUGGCUCCACCCAUCCACCUCACACGGACCAACACUACAAAACAUCAACAAUAGCACCCCAUCUUUGUCUUAUUAAUUGACUUGUUGUCAUUGAGCAAGUUAGAUCAAUCUAAAUAAAGUGAAUGCGUUAUUUUUGCAUUAUUCCUAA